AUGCAGCAAUAUCUCCAUUCUUACAGCUUGCUUUUAUCUCAUCGACUGGGGUCUGCUGGCCGGAAAUGGCGUCGAAGCUUCUGUUUCUACAGCCUUCCCGGCGUCUUUCGUUGCCGUUGCCGGAAAACUCUUUCUCAUGUUUAUGCCAAAACACCUUCACGGUUUCAACUCUUAACUUCAAAGCCUCAAUAUCUUUUCUCCUACGCUAAAGAUCAAGCUCCGGUGAUCUCACCUCUCGUUCUCCCCACUUCGGCAAGGAGACGCGUAGAAGUUCGAUCGCAUUUGAAUUUCCCUCUGAUUUCUCCCAAAGAUCACUGGGAUGGCACUUGGACCGCUCUCUUCGCCACCGGCGCCUUUGGCAUCUGGUCGGAGAAGACAGAUAUAGGGAAGACAUUGAGUGGUGCUAGCACUCUAAUUGGACUUGCUGCCAGUAAUUUGGGGAUUAUAUCGAGCGAAGCUCCAGCCUACUCUGUUGUCUUGAGGUUUCUGCUCCCUUUGGCUGUUCCAUUGCUGUUAUUUCAGGCUGACCUGCGUCCAGUUAUACAGUCAACAGGGAAGCUGCUCUUGGCUUUCUUGAUUGGAUCAGUUGCAACAACUGUUGGAACAGUGGUGGCUUUUUUCCUUGUGCCAAUGCGGUCUCUUGGUCAAGAUGGUUGGAAGAUAGCAGCUGCCCUCAUGGGUAGACAUAUUGGUGGAGCUGUCAAUUAUGUUGCCAUUUCUGAAGCUCUGGUCUCUCCUUCAGUUUUAGCUGCAGGACUAGCUGCAGAUAAUGUGAUUUGUGCAGUAUAUUUUACAACAUUGUUUGCUCUAGCUUCCAGAAUACCUCCCGAGUCUUCAACAUCUACCGAUGGUUUUUUCACGGUGGUGGGUGCAAGCGGGAACGUGUGGAAUGUCAUCAACACAGCACCGAGUAUAUUCAUGUUUUCUCUUGUCCAGAUCGCUGUUCAUCUUGUGGUGAUUAUUGGAGUAGGGAAGUUGUCUCGCUUCGAGCUCAGGUUAUUGCUUUUGGCUUCAAAUGCCAAUGUUGGAGGGCCAACAACAGCCUGUGGAAUGGCUACUGCUAAGGGAUGGAGCUCUUUAGUUGUUCCUGGCCAAGAUCAGGCUAGGUUUGUAAUCCAACAAGCCAUGUUCAAAUUCUCUAGGUUUGUAAUCCAAGAUCAGGCUAGGUUUGCACUUCCCAGGAUAAAGCGGGAAGCUGAUAAUGGAGAUGUGGCCAAGAAGCCUGAAACAUGAAGUUUCAUGUAGCUGUCCAUGGCUCGAUCCCUUGCACAUUUUUUAAUCAUUUGUUUUGAUUAACUAAUGCCAGCAAAUGACGAUAAAAUUUUCUUGGUCCCGUGCUGCUGUUGCUAGCUUGCCAGGGGCAUGCUGUCUUCAUGUCUCUGAGGCAUUGUAUAUAAUCUUUUACUUACAGGAAGAAGGUGCCCCUGAACUUUAUGUUGGGUUAAGGGAAUUUGGUGCAGGGCACAACUUAUCUGGACAUGCUGUUAUUCUGCCAACGGACUUUAAAGGUGUAUGCUAGCUUGGUUUGUGUCCAAGCGAUUUAAUGAUUUUGAUCAAAACAUUUUUAUAGUAAGAGUCUCAAGUAGUUACUCCUCUUCAAGUAAAAG